AUGGGACUGGCCAAGCUUCAUCACCUCAACAUCCACCCCUGGAAAAGUUUGGUGGGAAUGCUUCCCCACCACGAGCUGAUUUUCGACAGGUCGCUGACAGAUGGCAUCCAUGAGCCUGCAUUUGCAAACAUUCGUCACAUUCACGAUCCAAUGGAUCCAGCAGCAGUGUCACCUGUGCAUGGUGUGGUACACUCCAUUAACCAGAAGGAGUUGGCGGCUUUGGACGCGUCUGAGGAGCCUCUGUACCACCGCGUUCAGAUGCCCGUGCACGUCAGCACGCCGCAUGGGACAGAAGAGGUGAAAGCCUGGACGUAUGUCGCUGACGACAGCUCUGGCUCCACGCAGCACACGCAGGCUGAGAUGCCCUCCGUCCAUGCAAACGAAGGAGCCCCAAGCGCCCGGUAUGCCCAGCUGGUUGUCUGCGGCGCGAAGGAGGGCGGCCUCCCAGAUUGGUAUCAAGAUAGGCUCUUGCGAGCCCUGGACAACUGGGGAGUUCCAAGUGCCAGCCUUGGUUUGCGGGCGAAAGAGGCAGCGUUCGACUUUGCCAAUCUAAGGGCUGACGUGCCAUGGGCUGCAGCCGCAUGCGGCCUUGCAACACGCGCAGCCCGUCGCCAGCAGCGCGCUGGCCGCCGUCGCAGUCGAGACCGGGUCGAGCUGCAGUUCUGCUGCAGCGGUGGCUUUCCUGUUUUGCGCAAAUCCAUGGUGACACAGCGCAUUUGGCUGGAGGGGGACGCUCAAAGGAAGCUGUUGAAAGAAAAGGAUUCAGCCACAGUGGCGAUUCUGCAGCCCGGUCUCCAGGCACAGGACGAGGGCUCGGGAUGCUCGGGAUUCGCCAAAGUGCGAGUUUGCGUCCGCUUCAGGCCUGUGCUGCCCGGUGAGGCGCAAACAGCAGUUCUCAAAGUGACUCCCUGCGCGCUGCAUGUGCAGGGGAUCGAAUCAUGUCGUCAGGAGGGUCAAAAAGCCUUUCAGUUUGAACCGGGCUUAGCGGACAGAGUCUUUCCGCCUUCGACACCCCAGAAGCAGGCUCGCUUAGUUCAAAGACGGUGUUUGAACUUUGCACCAUGUGCCAUAGAGGUCUUCAACGAUGCGGGGUUGGAUGAAUUGCUGGAUGCAGUCAUGGACGGGUAUCACAGCACGGUCUUUGCUUAUGGUCAAACUGGCAGCGGCAAAACCUACACAAUGGAGGGGUUCGCGUACCAAGCUGGCACUGGCACAAAGCCGCCACAGGCCCAGCCGUGCUGUGCUCACCGCUUCUUUCGCAGAGCUCUGGACAUUUGCAUGUUGGACAAGGCUGGCGUAAAGAACCGCACAGUCGCCAGCCAUCAGAUGAACCAGGCAAGCAGCCGAUCCCACUCUGUGCUGAUGUUGAGCGUGGACAGGAGAACUGACGCUGCUGUGGACCAGUCAGCCAAGCUGACGCUGGUUGAUUUGGCUGGCUCUGAACGGCAGAUGGACACAGGUGCCAGCGGCCGCACUCUGCAGGAAAGUGCCAGCAUCAACCAGUCACUCUUCGUACUGCGGAAGGUGAUCGCGGCUCUUGCUAAGCAACAGAGCGGACAGAAGCGCAUGGCUUUGAUACCUUACCGUGAAUCAAAGCUUACCAUUCUGCUUCGUGAUGCUCUGGGGGGUUCUGGCUACACCCUGAUGGUGGCAUGCUUAAACAUGCUUGAUUCCAGCGUUGAGGAGAAUCUGUCAACCCUGCAGUAUGCAUGCACCGCUGGCAGAAUUCGAAAUUGCCCUGUGGUGAACUUGGAUCCUACUUCUUUGCUCAUCAAGCAGCUGCGGCAGGAGAUUCAGGGCCUCAAGCGGCAGCUUGAAGUUUUCCAGAAGUACGUCUUGCAUGUCACAGGGAAGCCGAUACCAAUGCAAGUCCUGAAUGGGAACUUGCUGCAGAACCUGCAGAAUGCCGAUGCCGUGCAAUGCGUGGCUCCUCCCAGCAGCCUUGACGAAUGGGGUGCAGCAUGUCUGCCUGGGGCGCACCCGGGCCAAAGCAACUCGGAAAGGCAGUUUGCCAAUCAAAGCCAUUGGAAACCAGCUACCCCAAGAAGCAAAGUCAAGGCAACAACACCACCACUGGCUCUUAGCCGGGAACCACCAGUGCCGCCAGUUCCGGUGGCACCAGAAGACACGAGAAGCUCGGUCCCUCUCAGAAGCCAAGCUGAGGACCCCUGUGGGGCUCAAGACGAGACCCUGGGCAUCAGCAAAGAAGAAUUGGCGGAGCGACUUUCUGAGGCCAUUGCCACCCUGAGGCAAGCAACCACUGAAAAUUUGACAUUGCGUCGCAAGUGUGACGCAGCACAGCUGGAAAAGGAGGCGUUGCAACUAAAGGUGGGCAGCUUGGAGAAGGAAAUGUUAUUGCACCGGCACACAUCUCGCCCGGGGAAUGAUGCCUGGUGUGAAGCGACAUUGGACAGCUUCAUGCAGAGUCCAGACUCCAGCGGUGAGACGACUGCCCUGGCUGCCAUGCGGGCAGCUGCUUUUUACGAUCUCAUACAGCUGCGCGAGGAGCUUUCCGCCAGCAGAGGCUACCUGGCCACUGUUCAGUCUGCAGAAACAGCUUUCACCAUCUCGUUGACCGCUGUUACCUUGCUGCCUGCAGCUGCAGAUGCUUUCUGGACCUUUAGCUGUGCCGUGCAGGUCAUCCCGCUUGGGCCUAGUGGCUCCAGAAUUCGGUUCUUGGAGUCCAGUUGGCAGCGGUCUGUUGAAGUUGUGUUCUGGGCCCUCGUGGUGUUCGUCAGUGACUUCAUUGGGGCACUAUAUUUACAGCAUCUAACCACUGAUGAGGCGUUGGCUUUUCCGUACCCGUUUCUAACAGCUUGCUUGUCCAACCUGGUGGCUGGCAUCCUCGUUAUCACCAUUGUUUGCACGUUGUCCAUGACGGGCACUCAACACCUUGUUGGAGAACUGGCGGCUGAGGCCGAGGUGGAUGUUAUUGUGCAGCUCAUCCUGGGCGUACUCAUCACCUGCGAGAUAGGAGCUGCUGUCAAGGUUUUAUCGAAUCAGCAUCAUACAAUGGCAGCAUGGUUCUACAUGCUGACUCCUGUGAUGACGAUUCUCGUGGCUAGCUGGAACCUCAGCAAAGCCAUUCGCUGUGUGCAGCAAUCAGAUGUCAGUGGGAAUCAGGUCGCAUCAUUGGGUGGCAUGCUGGCCGUACGUGGCCCCUGGCCAUCUUUGGAGGGCAUCACCAGCCUAGAAUGGGCCUGCUUGGCCAAUGCGUUCACUGUUGCGCGCUGCCUGCUGACGCAGAAAGUGAUGUCUCCGUUGCAGGGAAGAAGGCCUGGCGCUCUGAUAGUGUCGAAACUAGUGCUUCUGGCAGCCUUCACUGUUGGCGUAGAAUUGUCAUUGUAUAAUGAGUGGAGCGGCUUCUGGUCGAUCCCAUGGCUGCCUCGGCCUGGUCCUGUCUUUCGACUUGUGACGGUCAUAGGCAUUUGCAACGCUUGCAGUGUCAUUGGACACACGAGAUUGAUUCAGAUAACGUCAGCUGCAUUCGGCGCGCUGCUGGUGCCAUUUCAUACGGUUACUCUUCUGCCAAUAGAGUCCUUGGACAGCCCCAUUUCGGUCAUCAACUGGUUGGGGCUGGUUCUCUGCGUCACAUCCGCGGUUAUGUACUUCAAGGCUCGAAAGAGUGCUGAAGAAAACCUUCCAGGCUACUCGGCACUGCCAUCUCUCUAG